CAGGUACUCCCCUCCCAGUGUUCGAGUCAACUACAAGUGACAUGUUUUACUGCACAGCGGUUUAUUCAGGAGCUCCGCAGACAGCAACUCACAGAGUAUUAUUAUGGCUGCUCACGCCAGCAGGUGCUGCCGCUUGUUUGUCAGACAUAGCUGUUCAAGUCAUUUCAGGAAACCCCUCGUACAGUGCGUGAAUGGGAACGUCCAGCGUAUGUUCUCCGGUGCUACGCACGAGGAAAAUGAAGUAGAACUCAGAGACUCGACUUCAGCUGCUUCCAACUUCGCAGCAGCUGUGAAAACCAGGUCAAGUCAGGAGAGGCUAAGAGAUGACAGCAUACUACCAUUUUCAGCGUUCUUGACUGACAACUUUGGGCGCAGGCACAGCUACCUGCGCAUCUCCCUGACUGAGAAAUGCAACCUCCGCUGUCAGUACUGCAUGCCAGAAGAAGGAGUAAAGCUCACACCCCGAAGCCAGGUGCUGUCCUCCUCUGAGCUGCUGACCCUGGCUCGCCUGUUUGUACGAGAGGGAGUGAACAAAAUCCGCCUCACUGGAGGGGAGCCUCUUAUCAGACCUGAUGUGCUGGAUAUCAUCACUGAACUGAGGAAGUUGGAGGGCCUGAAGACCAUUGCAGUAACAACUAAUGGCAUAAACCUGGCCAGGCUUUUACCUAAACUGAAAGACGCAGGCUUGGAUCUGAUUAACAUCAGCCUGGAUUCACUGGUUCCUGCCAAGUUUGAGUUUAUUGUGCGGCGGAAAGGGUUCCAUAAAGUCAUGGAGGGCAUUGAUAAGGCAAUUGAAUUGGGCUACAAUCCUGUUAAGAUCAACUGUGUAGUCAUGCGAGGCCUCAACGAGGAUGAGCUGUUAGAUUUUGUGGCGCUGACAGAGAAGAAGCCUCUGGAGGUGCGCUUCAUAGAAUACAUGCCCUUUGAUGGAAACAAGUGGAACUUUAAGAAGAUGGUGAGCUACCAGGAGAUGUUGGACUGCAUCAGGCAGCGAUGGCCCAACCUGGAAAUGCUUCAAGCAGGACCCACAGACACGGCCAAGACAUUUAAAGUUCCAGGCUUCAAAGGUCAGGUGGGCUUCAUCACCUCCAUGUCCGACCAUUUCUGUGGCUCUUGCAACCGUUUACGCAUCACUGCAGAUGGAAACCUCAAGGUGUGUUUGUUCGGUAACUCUGAGGUGUCCCUCAGAGACAUCUUGCGCUCUGGGGCGUCUGAUGAAGAGCUACUGCAAAUCAUCGGAGCGGCUGUGGGCAGAAAGAAGAAACAACAUGCAGGCAUGUUCAGUAUCUCCCAGAUGAAGAACAGGCCUAUGAUCCUCAUUGAGCUACAAGACAGCCAGACGGUCUUCCCGAGUGUUUCCCAUCUUAAAAAUGAUGCAUUCCUCUCUCCAACAGUAGCUCCCCACAUGAGCCAUUUAGGCAAGAGCAGGGUCCUAAAUAGAGAGGGAUUGUUGUGCCUUAUAGACUGUACUGCUACCACACAGCCAGCCUAUGUUUGCCACUCUAGUAUAUUAAUGAGAGGAAGUACCCAUGUUAUGACACAUGUCAACAAAGGGAAAGCUGAUGUGAUGCCUAGACUCCACACUGGAGCACACCUUCACUCCUGUGAGUUUGGUAAUGGGCUCAUUUUCUCUAGUUGUCACACUAAGACUGCAGGUUUCACACUGCGCACAAAUUUAACAAACUACACUAAUGAAGACUGUCUGAAAUACGCACAAGCCAGUGCUCUUAAUGCUCUGAAGGGCCACUUGUUCAGGCCCCCAGGAACACAUGGUUUUUGCACACUACUAAUGAAUACCAAAAUAAGUCUGACACACCACAGUGUUCGAUUCUGCCACAAUCAAGGUUCCAACGAUGACCCCGGGGUUGAUCAGACCACAGAGGUCUCCAAAACUCACCCAGAUGAAAUCACCAGGGCUCAGCUGACACAUACUGAUGCCCAGGGUCGGGCCACCAUGGUGGAUGUUGGGCGAAAAGUUCCCACGCGUCGAACAGCCACUGCCUGCGCCACCGUCAUCUUGGGUCCCACCGCCUUCCGUUUGCUCCGGGAUAACCAGCUAGCUAAAGGCGAUGCCUUGACUGUAGCACAGUUGGCCGGCAUCAUGGCCUCAAAGCAGACCUCAGGCCUCAUUCCACUCUGCCACCCGCUGCCGUUAGACCACACCUCUGUCACCUUCCACCUCGAUGAGCCGCACAGCGCUGCUGUCAUCACAGCAACUUGUCGCACUACAGGCAGGACAGGAGUUGAGAUGGAGGCUCUGACGGCCGUUUCCGUGGCAGCGCUCACCAUCUAUGACAUGUGCAAGGCAGUGAGCCAUGACAUCAUAAUCACGGAUGUAAAGCUGGUCAGUAAGACUGGUGGGAAGAGAGACUUCCAUCGUCAUCCAGCACAGGAAAGCUGAGAAUUAAGUAAUUGGAGCAACACAACCCCCACAAAGUCCCCUCUGCCUGUAGUGUAAUGGAUGUGUCACAUAUGAAUCAUGUUUGCUGAACCAUGUUAAUGAAUACUUUAACUUUGCAAACAAAGACACAUUUCAGUACAUGAGCUCCAUGAGCUGUUGAACAAAUUUCAUACCUGCCUCUAGAGGGCACAUAAGUAUUACAUUUACAGACGUGUUGUUCUUCUAGUAAAGACCUACCUGAAGAGGGCACUGA